UAAUUUACUUUUGCAGCACUGAUUACUUGCAAGCAGAACAACCGCCAUUAAUUUUUUGAAAACAGUUGUGGGUAACAGACGUUGAAAGACGCUGAUUGUAAUAAAAGAAAAAGGUUCAAUUGUUGCUAUUAGAAUUUUAUGAAAGAAAAUGGGUACUCUAUUUUCUAAGAUUGAUAACAGCCAUCCGCAUGAAGUAAUAGAUUUCAAUCAUCGUGGAGAUCGAAAUUUUAAUGAACAAAGUGGAGGCGCAGGUGGAACCAAUACUGCUAAUAUUUGUGUUUCUGUUCAAUUGGAUCCGCGUUCGCCUGCUGGCAACCGUACGCCACUCAAUUUGUCACGUGCGGAUUUCGAAAUAAAUACUUCCAGUGAAGAAAGCACCCAGUUAACUAAUCCAUUAAAUGCAUGGCGUAAGCGUUUAUUAAAAAGUUUUGGCAUUAACUUAAAUGAUCCGCGUUCUCCAUCAGCUUUAAUAAACCGCACGCCACUGAUUGUUAAUGAUCCAAAUGAUAAAGUUUUUAAUAUGGAUGACACUUUUGCUGAUCUUUUUGUUGAGUCACGCCGUCCAAAACUAGAAAAUCAUGCAAAAGUGGCAAAAGUGGGUAGUUUAAAUAUGGACAUGCAGGAUGAAGAAAAAAUAACUACAGAAAAUUUUAGUUAUGAGCAGGUAAUUGAUAUAGAGUAUCAAGAAGAGCCUUUAGAACCAACUGGUGCACCAUUGGACAUAAAAGUUGAUAAUUGUUUGGAUGAAAAGUUGGCAAAAGGUAGGCAUAAACGUGUGCAUAUGGAUCCGCGUUCACCAUCACUUAAUGUUGAUCGUACACCAAUUAUAUUUAGCGAUGAUGAUGACUCUUCCGAAGAUGCUAUGUUAGAAAACAUACUUGCUGCUUUGUCACAUGACUUAAGUUGCAGUGAUAGUUUAGUUUCUACUACCAGUACACCAAACAGUAAAUCCACAAAUAGCGGUGGGGAAUAUUUUGCCGACAAGGCAGCGAAACGUCCAACAGAUAAGCGUUUGGAGCGUGUACGUUAUGGCAAAAAGAAGAGCAAUCAAUCCAAAUCUAAACGUAGCCAAAACCAAAAUAUAUUUGAAGAUACUGAAAAUAAUCUCAAUUUGUCACCCAGCAAAAAUAAACUAUCAACUACGCCAUACGGACGCUCACCGCUCAGUUGUGUAGGUAAUCGCACACAAACAAUUCCAGAUAAAAAAUCAAUAAAACCUCGCCUAAUAAAUUCUGAUGCUGUUUACAAGGACCCAAAAGUGCAAACCAUACAAAAUUCUGAUGACGUGGAGUUUGCAAGUUACUAAACAAAUACUAAACAAAUUAAAAUUUAUAUUUUAGUUAGAAUUAAACUCUGUUAAAUAUUUAACUCUGAAAAGUUCAAAUUUAUUAUUAUUAUUAUUUUUUAUAAAUAUUUUUUAUAUUUGCGAUUCACUAAUUUUUAUUACAAAUAUUGUAGUUGGUUAAUUUUAUACAUACUUUGAGUAGUUAUAUAUUUUUAUAUUAAAAAAAAAAAACAAAAGGAUAAAACGUUAGUGGUACUUUAUUGAGACAUAGUUUAUUAAAAACUUAUUGAACUCUCUAUUCAUAUACACUAAACAACCGCCUAAUGUUAAAAAAAAAGUAAUUUAUAUUCAAAUAUCAAAGACUACAUACUCAAAUAAAUAUAUUAA